AUGUUCAAUGUUCCAAUUGUUCAAUUAUCAACAUUAUUUAUCACUCAUUUACAAACAGUUCCAUAUCAAAUUUUCAUCAUGUUAAUCAUCCGUAUACCAUUCACAUUGAUUAUUCUCAUAGUAUUGAUCAUUGUAUAUGCGCACAGUGAACCGAUCCUGUUGGGUGAAGUAUCACGUAGUGAAAGAGAUUUAAAACAGCUCAGAUAUGAUGUAUAUCGUUCAGGUGAACCAUAUCAAUGUAUUCCGCUAUCUGAGGAUAUACACAGAUUGACUCAACGCUCAGAAUUAAUUAUUGCUGGACGAUUAAGAUAUCAUGAUAGGAAUGAAAAUUACGGUUCCAUUAGUAGUGGUAGUAGUAGUAGUAGUAAUAAUUACUUCAAUCUAACUGUUAUGAUCACAACAACUUAUAAGACAAACUAUCCAAUUCAACAGAGUCAAAUAAUCAUUGGACCGGUAUUUCUACCGGAUGACAAGCGUAGAAGUGGUGCUGGCUGUCUACCAGCAUUCUUUGCCAAUGCUAAGUAUAUAUUCUUUCUAAGAAAAAGUAUAUACACACCGAAUUAUUAUGAACCGUUGUGUGAAGCAAUCGAGUACUCUGAAUAUGCUGAAAAAAAAAUCUAUACACAUUAUUGUCAAGAUUGUGUUAAACCAAUGAUUGAGUCAAUACCCAAUCAAAUAUUAGAAUAUGGUUAUGGAAUGACUGUCAGCUGUAUUGCGACUGGUAUGCCUACACCAAAAAUUAUUUGGAUUCGUGAUGGAAAGUCGCUGAAUUUAGCAGAUAAAAGUGUAAGCGUUGAAACAUUCGAACGUUCAUUGGGACAUGUGGAAUCCAUCCUGGAAAUACACAAUUUAAUAUUGAUUGAUACUGGUGAAUAUUGGUGUUAUGCAGAGAACGCUUUAGGCAUUGCUAAACAAAGAUUUCUUUUAAAAGUUAAACAAAAUAACCGAACUAUUGAAAAAGUAAUGGAUGAAUUAAUUCCCUGUUCAGAUGAGCAUAAAGAUUACUGUCUAAAUGGUGGACAGUGUUAUACAUACAGAAAUGAGAGAGUAUCAUUCCAGUGCAGUUGUUAUACACCCUAUUAUGGUUCAAAAUGUGAACGUGUAGCAGUCGAUUUGAAUGAAUAUAAAUUUUUAGAGAUGACAUUAUCUCAACGAACUAGACUCCUAGUGAUAUUUGGAGGCUUAUUUAUCUUCACAACAGUAUUGUUAGCAGCAGUGCUGAUUAUCAUGUGGAAAAAAUAUUUCAAAAGAAGGAAUAAAUCUUCAAAUAAAGGAACUGCUCAAACGAAAACUACGCAUCCUGUCAGUUCACUUCCAAGAAAUAAAGUUGUUGGUACACUGAAUGAUGGUUCCGAAUCAUAUCUAAUUAAUGAACACUAUCAUACUGGUGAACAGAAAACUGAUACAGUUUCAAUGUCAGAGGAUUAUCUUGCACAAGGUGUUAGCAGUAAUUAUCUUUUCCCAACACCUCAUGUAUACAACGCUGCGUGUUAUGAUAAUCGUCCACAGAAUUGUGUUGGUUUGCCAACUGAUAUGAAAGCGACUUCAUCAACAAGUCAUGAUGCCUUAUCAGUCGGAUAUCGGCCUUCAUCGUCAAUGGAUCCAGCAUUUGAUGAUGCAAUUCAUAAGCCUGGCAAUGGAAUCAACCCACUACAGAGUAGAUCAUUUGUUACUGAUUGGAAUACACGUCGGCAGAUAUCAUCACAAAAGCUUGGAUCUACACGUGAUCGAUUGCCAAUGUUAGCUGAGAAUUCAAAUGCUCAGUUAAAUACGGAUAGAUAUCAAAAUUAUGCCAAUUCAAUUAAUCGACAGGAGAGAUUAGGUCAUGAUAGGAAAUUAUCCGUGAAUCUGAUUUCUUCUUCAUCUUCAUUUGUACAAUCCAACACAUGA